AUGAUCAGGGACAGUAAUAUUCCGGAGAAAUUUGUCAGAAUUGCAGGGAUUCCACAGAAUCUAGACUUGGGAGUAGUAAAGACACGUCUGAAGGAAUUUGGAACCAUAAUUGAUGCUCGUUGGGAACGCUAUCGGGUGGCAGAGGAUGACGUUUUAUACCCUGUCCUUGCCACUUGGAUGAUAGUACGAAUGACGUUGACUAAGAAUAUUCCCUCAUACAUUACUAUUGGCAGCUAUCGUGCCAUGGUAAAGUAUGAGGGACAAAAACCUACUUGCAGACUGUGUGACGACGAAACCCAUUUUAGCUACAACUGCCCAACUUUGAGACGUAAUAAGGAACCUAUCAUUGUCCAAAAGCCCAGUAAUAAAAUGACUAAAAAGACAGAGACAGUCCCGGAAAAACCCGUCACUCUACCCUUAGAUGUAGACCCCAUGGUUUCUAAGGCCCUUCUUGAGUGUGGAUUACAAAGUUCACUCUCAGGGGGGACUCCCAACUUAGAAAUUUCUCCCACCGAACAACCCGUUAAAUCCACAGACGACCCACCACGACAGACUCCGCCCGCUCAAAUGAUAAUCCCUGAAACACAACCUGAUGACUCGGAACCUAUGACAAUUUCCAUGGAACCAGUGGAACCCAAUUUGGGGGAAGUUGAGUCCAUGGAAACUGACAAAACAAGUGACCACCUGAAAGUUCCCACUGUCGAGCGACGUCAAAUUCUUUUUAACUUCUGCAGGGACGGUAACCUAGAUAUCGUGGGACUUCAAGAGGUAGCAUUUCAUUCUUGUCCAAUUAUUGAAAGUCGCUACCGUUUGUUGGCAAAUGUCGGUCCCAACAAAAAUGGAACAGCCAUUCUCAUUAGACAUGGUCUGGACUAUUCUCGAUUACUUCUAGAACCCGACGGAAGGCUUAUAUCUAUUGACGUGAAAUGUUUCACGUUCAUUAAUAUCUAUGCUCCGUCAGGUAGUCACGUAAAAACCGAGAGAAACAACUUCCUUAGUCAAACCGUCCCUGCUUACACAAUAACUACUCGACUGCCCUUCGUGUUGAUGGGCGAUUUUAACUGCGUAGACGACAUCCAAGAUAAGGCAUCUAUGCUUUGA